CUGUCACAGUGAAAGAGGAAGAGGGGAUAGAGGCUGUCACAGUGGAAGAGGAAGAGGGGAUAGAGGCUGUCACAGUGAAAGAGGAAGAGGGGAUAGAGGCUGUCACAGUGAAAGAGGAAGAGGGGAUAGAGGCUGUCACAGUGGUAGAAGAUUUUAGAAUAAAAAAGGAGGAAGAGGAUGUUACAGUCCAAGAAGUGAACGAGCCUUUUGGGGUGAAAAGGGAAGAGGGGGUAGAGGCUGACACAAUGGAAGAGGAGGUGGUAGACGCUUUCAGAAUUAAAAAGGAGGAAGAGGAGGCUAUCACAUUGAAAGAAGAAGAGGAUGUUAUUACAGUGAAAGAAGAGAAAGAACCCUUUGGAGUAAAAGAGGAAGAGGAGGCUAUCACAUUAAAUGAAAAUGAGGAUGUUCUAAUGGAAGAAGAGGAAGAACCUGUUGGAGUGGAAGAGAAGGUUAUCUCAAACGAGGAAGACGUUUUGGGAGUAAAAGAAGACGGGGAUGAGGAGGACGAGCCUGAAGAUCCGAAUAACACCAGAGAGAGGCCAGACUCUCACUCUGACAGCGGGAAGAGUCCUUCAAGGGAACCAGACCCAGAGACGCCCAAACCAGCGGGACGACACCACACCUCCCAUUGUGGAAAGAGUUUUAAGAGGUUAUGGACACUAAAAGAGCAUGGGAGAACACACACAGGAGAAAAGCCUAACCACCGCUCAGACUUUGGGAAGAGGUUUUGCCAGAUAGACAGCCUGAAACGACAUAAGAGAACACACACAGGAGAAAAUCCUCACCACUGCUUCCAGUGUGGCAAGAGUUUUACCCGUUUAUGUUACCUGAAAAUACAUGAGCGAAUACACUCUGGAGUGAAGCCUCAUCACUGUUCCCAAUGUGGACAGCGUUUUACCCAUUCAGGGAGCCUGAAAAAACACGAGAAAACACACUCAGCAGAGAAGACCUACCACUGCUCCCAGUGUAGAAAAAUAUUUAUCAGUUUAUGGUACCUGAGAACGCAUGAGAGGGCACACACAGGAGAGAAGCCAUAUCACUGUUCCCACUGUGAAAAGAGUUUUACCCAGUUAGGGAACCUAAGAACACAUGAGAGGGUACACACAGGAGAGAAGCCGUACCACUGUUCCUAUUGUGAAAAGAGUUUUACAUGGUGGGGGUGCCUGAAAAAGCAUGAGUGGAUACACACGCGUGAAAAGCCCUACCAGUGCUCCUUGUGUGGAAAGAGUUUUACCCAGUUAGGAAACCUGAACCAGCAUGAGAGGACACACACAGGAGGGGAUAAGGCCUACCACUGCUCCCAGUGUGAAAAGAGUUUUACCCGGUUAAGGCAUCUGAAUAAGCACGAAAGAAUACAUACACAGGAGGAGAAGACAUACCACUGCUCUCAAUGUGGAAAUACAUUUUCCCAGUCAGAGGACCUGAAAUCACAUGAGAGAAUAGAGAGGCUGUGUUCUGACUUAUUUUUUGAUUGAGAAUUGUGUUUUUGUUUAUGCCACACUAAACCAAAUUGUAUGUAUGAAAGCUUUCGAAAAAAAGAAUAGGUCUACUUUUUAAUUUUUUUUAUCGAGACCAUGAUCAUAUAUAUAAAAAAUCUGAUAUUAACAUUUUGAUUUGAUUAGGAACUUUGAUUGAUUGGAUAGUAUCAAGCCUUUAGAUGUUCAUUUUAUAUGAUUUUUGGGAUAUUUCAAAAUGUAAAUAAUGAAGUAGAUUUAUUGGAAGUUGCAUUUCUUUUGUUUUAACCUUUAAUCUCGUUUCAUUUCGUUCAUUUGUCUACGAUUCAUCAUCAAGCUAAAAGUUGUAUGAAAAUGUGACGACGUAGUUCUGAUGACGUUAAGUCGUUGACAUGAAAAAACAUUCACUACCUCGUGAAUAUUCCCAUUGGUAUUAUUCCACCGUGUCAGAGAGAACUCGGGUGUUGAUUGUAAAAAAGGAUUUGAUUAAUGCAAAAUAUUGUGUUUGAAAAUGUUUUAAUGUGGAACACCAAUAGAUCAUUAUAUACAUCUACAUGAUGUAUUGUUAUACCAUGUAGGAGCAGUAUAGACCUAGUCUGUUCAUUAUAUACAUGAUGU